CAUGGAUUUGGUCACUGCUUUUAUAUCUACUCCGGUGUAGCUCUAAGGUUUUACCAAUCGAGCCUAGUAUUACUAAGUAUCCAAAUUUGAGAAGUUACCGCGAUGUAGGCAGGUAAAAGUGUACGAGAAGUUGACGGUAUGUCGCCGACGAGACAUAUUUCAAGGAGAACGACCCGAACUUCGAAAUACUUUCCAGACAAGUUUCAAUACGCAAUGAAGACACAGAGUAUUAAUAUCUCGAAAUAUUUAUCCAGAAAACAAAAAAAAAUUACUCACCAGGAAAAGAGACAGCCUUCGGAAUCUAAACUCGGAAUAGACAGCAGCAUGGCCGAGGUCAAUAGGUUACACUUCAAUGAAGAGGCGUCUACAUACGACACCAAGCACAGCAAGCUUAAUGAGCGUCUGACCAAGGAAAUCCAAUCCCGGCUAGAUUGGAUCGGUGUCGAUUGGUCCAUUGCGGACGAUCAAGACGACGACGAUAGCGACGACGAUGGCGAUGACAGUAAUGAGGACGAGGAUGAAGGCAGUAAGAACCCCGUCAAGGAAUCUAAAAAUACUCAAGGUAAGAAGGAAGUGAGGCUUUUGGAUUAUGCCUGUGGUACGGGCAUGAUGUCUAGAGCACUCGCUCCUUAUACGACACAGUGCGUCGGUAUCGAUGUAUCAGAGAACAUGGUUGUAGCGUAUAACUGUCGAGCAGAGAAUCAAGGGUUAUCCCGUGACGAGAUGUACGCUGUAGUAGGCGACCUCAUAGCGUUGGAUGGGCCCCAGCCGUCUGACGUCUUGGCGGACUCGCGCCUCUUCGGCUUCGACGUAGCUACCGUUGGUGGUGGCCUCCACCAUUUCGCGGACCCGGAGCUAGCCGCCGACCGCUUAGUCGAACGUCUACGCCCCGGUGGCGUCUUGCUGGUCUGGGAUUUCCUCCCGCACGGACCCAUGUCGGGACAUGUCGGGAAUCACGGAGUCAUGCACCACGGCCUCUCCGAGGAACGGGUCCGGAAGAUGUUCGAGCGCGCCGGGGCCGGGCAAAAAUUCUCACUCGAGGUCCUCGGUUCUGGUAUAUCGAUUGACAUGGGUCGACAUGGGGAGAAAGGCGUUAUAAGGAGGGAGAUCUUCCUGGCUAGGGGGCAGAAAGCUGUCUAAAUCUGACUCCACAAGUAUCUAGGGGAAAGGAGGUUGUCUUUAGACACGAUGGGGUACGACACGCUUCAUUAU